GUUCGGCGCCGCGGCAGCCGGCACGCUGUCGUCGCCGGCUUCUCUCAGUGACUGGUGCACCCUACGUGCGAGCGAGCGUUUUUCGCGUGUCCGUGUGUUCGUCCGUCUCAUCCUCGGGAGCGGUUAGCGGCAUAAAGAGAAAGAAGACGAACGGAAAAGGGCGGCGGUGAGGAAGAAGAAGGAGGAGGAGGAGGAAGAGGAAGAGGAAGAGCGAAGCAGCCUCGGUGUCGACAAGCGCUACGUUGUGCGCCCUUUCAUCCCAGACUGUACCCCGCGCUCGAGUAUACCGUUAAAGUGUGCCGAUUUAAAUCGUCGCGGCGGUCCGUCGUGAAACGCGACGCGCGGGCGCGCGCGCGCGCUCACCGUUGGAAAUUGCGUUGCACGCCGGGGCGGCGCGUACAGCGUACUCCGGCGCCGGUUGACCCUGACAUUCGAGAAGCCGGGCCGGGCGGGCGAGAGACACUCGUCGUCUCGCGCGCGCAGGAGCGACAUCGUUGUGAUCGCGCUCGUACGAGGAUCUGUGUCCCGGGACUCUGUGAACGAAUCAACGAAGCAAAGCAGCGUACCUUUCGAUUUCGAGACUUUUUGCUUUCCUCCGCGGCGCAUUGUGUCGCGGUCUAGCACACCCUGACCUUGACUCCGAUGCACCAGCGCGUCGAUAGAAGCACUAAGGAACACUCGAGUCACGUCGUGUCUCGAGCGGUGUCUCGUUGUGACACGCGAAUGACCUUGAUUCUUCGGCGAGGCGGCGCCUUGGAUAUCGCCUUGGAUAUCGAGCGAACCGGUCCACGCCUCCUCGUCGCGUCUCUACCGUGCGAGGUGUGUCACCUGGAGAUGAAAGAGUAGAGAAGCAAGCCUGAUCUUCGUUUCGGAUACAACGAAGCGCGCGUGUGCGUUCGAAUCUAUCGCGAGGCGUCAUCUGUCAUCGAAAAAAACGACGUCCGAGAAGCAACGGGAGACGACACCUGAUCUUAAAGUGCAGAGCACCUACAUGGCACCGCGGCGUCACGCCAACGGCGGCCACGGCGGUGGCGGCGGCGGCGGCGGCCUCCUGGAGAACGGGGGCGGUGGCAUUGGCACUAACGAUCCCAUGGAUAAUCUGCUCGGCCCAAGCCAGACGACGCGCUGCUGCACGCCGACCGGCGAGUGCCUGCGCGGUGACACCCUCAUCCGUCUCAACGCCCUGCACGAUGCGGUCAAGGUCACCUGCAACAACGACAAUUGCCCGAUCGGCCAGUUCAUGCACCGUGAGUGCUUCGACGCCUGGGAGCAGACCGUACUGACGUAUCUGAAAAGCUGCGGCCGCGCUCGUAGCUGGUCCGAGCGCCAGCGUCAUCAGAAUCUCUGGACGAAGAAGGGCUACGAUCUCGCGUUCAAGGCGUGCGGCUGCCGCUGCGGCCGUGGCCACCUCAAAAAGGACCUCGACUGGAUGCCACCCGGUCUCGGCAACGUGCCCGGCAAUCGCCCCGAUGAAAACGAGGCGAAGAAGAAGAAGCGGCGCAACCGCCAGAACACCAGGCCGAGCCUGGCUGUAUCGGCCGGCCCGCCGAAUCACGGCAACCACGUCGUAGCCGCGAACGGCCGCGGCACCAGCGAGGCGCAGAUGAUCGAGGCCGGCCGCGGCAGAGCCGGCUCCUUGUCAUCCAGCACCGGUUCCAGCUCGCCGCCGGCCACCAGCGAGCCCAGCGUCAGCCCUCUUCAUCAGCCGCAGGCUAUCAUGAAGAAGAAGAGCAAGGUCGACUUUUUCAGCGAUCGCGCGAGACAAAGCUGCGGUGCCAACGGCAUCUUUUCGCGUCGUCUGGAUUUCAGCGCAUUCAACAGUCUGCCUCGCACCAAGCUUAACUCCUAUCAUAUCAAGAUGGAAGACGAGGGCAAUCACGGCAACGACGACACCAGAUGCUUCAUUCUAUCGACAUUGGCCGCUCUGCAGUGGUCUCGAGUUACAUGUGUCCUCUGUCGCGCUGCCAUGCUGGUUUUCGACAGGUAUCCGUUGGUGGACGGGACAUUCUUCUUGUCACCCAGACAACAUUCGCCUGCUUGCGCUGAGGUGAAGGUCGAAGGUCGCACACAAUUUUUGUCAGCUGUGUGCAUGAGUUGUUUGGAGGGCAGCGGCGGGCAGCCUGUACGGUGUCGUUUCUGUACCCAGCCGUGGGAUGGCUCGAGCUUGGUUCUCGGAACCAUGUACAGCUAUGAUAUCUUCGCUGCAAUGCCCUGCUGCAGCGAGCGACUCAAGUGCAACAGCUGCCAGAAGCCCCUGAUCCACCCUCAUCAGCGACUGAACUUCUACUCGGACUACAGCCGCGUCUUUGGCUGCCCGCACUGCAGGACGGUCGACGCCCACUUUGUGAAACCGCUCUCGGCCUGCUUCACCCGCGAGCAGUUUCAGCUCUACAGCCAGUGGCCGUAACCAUUAGAGAACUUAGCGAACCGCCGCCGUAUGCGCACGACCGCGGCUGACUUGUAUCCUCUCUUUUACAAGUCGAUCUCCCUGUUCCGGACGACCGUGCUCUAGAAAUCCUCCCCUCGCGACCUUCUAGGAGACUUGACGAUGGCGAACGCGCACGGGGGCCGCGAUCGUUUUCCUGGCGCGUGUUGUCGGCCGGAUCCACCGAUGUAUUAAUUCCUAUUAACUCGCCAAACGCUUUUAUUUCGGUCGACAGCUGAUGUUGUCUCUUCGUAAUUCCUUAGGAGUCCAUUUCUUUCUUUCUUUUUUUUUUUUUUAUUAUUUUUUAUUUUUUUUUAGCAAUCUAUUCUAUGCGACGACGGUACGCGCCGAGCCCCCUGGCGCAUUCCCAUAGUACUAAAAUUUAAGAUGUUUCUUUUUUUAACGUCUAUUGUAGAUUUGUUUGUCUAGAUGGAUCUUAAGCGGGAGACGUCGAAUUAUUGACGUUUCGUUUUGACGAUGCGCGAGAGGCGAGACUUGCAAAAUUAGUGUGCUUUAUUUUUUCCCCUAUAACGUUGCUCUUAAAGUUUCUUAAGGCAUUUAUCGUGCGUUUUGCCGUAAUAAACGGCAAUUAACUUUUUUUUUAUUAUUAGUAUACGCUACGUUUUGACAAUUGUGUCAUUGCACAGACGUAGUUCUCUGAUAUAGGUGAGUUUUAACUAGUAAAAUUUUUUUCGUUGGAGAAAUCUGCGUGUGUUUCAUCAUUUAUGCAGAAAAAAAGUUUUCGACUACGAAAGCUGAAUCACAUCUCUCGGACGGUUUCUUUCCGGAAACUUCGGGCGACAAGUGUGACAGCUUCGCCGUCUCCCGUUUUAUAAUAUAGUUGAAAUUACUUUAAAGAAAAAUAAAUACAUGAAAUAAAUUUAGGCGGAGAGAAAACGAUAUUAGACACGGAAAGGUCGAUUCUCUUUAUUGUAAACGUGUAUAAAGGAAAAAGAAAAAAGAAAAAGAAAAAGGCUACUUUCUAGGAAAGAUUGGGAGGGAAAGAAAGAUGAAAUAACUAUCGUUUGUUACUUAGAUAAUCGAGAACACGUUGUUUUUUUUACAUUUUAUUAGUUUAUACGUUUAUGGCGGCCAUGUUGAUUUUGUUUAAGGAUCUACGACUCAUUCGAUGGGUUUUCAACGUUGAUUCGAUCGGGCGCGCGUCGCGACUUUCCGCGGGACUUUCGGGACAGGAGCGUUGCUAAGGAACAGGACGAAAUUCGCGCCGGUCGUAAAGAUAAAAGUAAACUCAUUGUAAGAAGAAACCAAUUGUUUGAUACUACCGCUGUGUACACACACGGGUUUUUUUUCGUCUAGACGAAAAGUGCAUGGCUCUCUCGUUUCUCCGAUCGUCCCGUCAUCGCUCUUAUAUAGAGGACGGUUCUCGCGGAAAGUCGUGAUCGUCCGAAGUAGCCAGUGUAUAUAAUAUAUUAAGUGGGAGAGAAACAAGUGUGUUUGGAGAGCAAGUGAACCUCCUUUUUUUCUGGCGAUGCUGGUCGUUGCUGUCCACCAAUAGCGGCCGUCCCACAAACAGACCGCCCACCGUUCUCAAGGUAGUAUAGUCGAUCGUGUACCUUUUUUACGUUACUUCGAUUUAAAAAAAAAGUAUACUUAAUCCGUAUGUCGGGAGGUAUAUUUAGGAGAUUUAAUAUAAUAUAAAUGCCCCGCGUGUGGUGUGUGUGAUGCGUAACGCGAUGAGAAACGAAUGAAGCUGCGCGACUACUUCCUUUCGGCCUUCGCCUUUGCGUAGGGGCUUUAUUUCAUUUGUCUUCAUCGGCCGAUACGUCUGAU